AUGAACGUUUUCAUCAAAGGCAUUCCUGUCAACGCGACCGACAAAGAGGUCACAAAAUUUUUGCGUCAACCUCUCAAGGAGUGCGGAAUUGAUUUCUACCAACUUGAUAAGUCUCGUGCAAAAGACAUUGCAUUCCUCACAGUCCCGACUGUUGAAGAUGGACAGCGCUUUCUUCGACGAUAUGGAGCCUCUUCUGUGUCACGAUUGAGAUGGCACAAUCAGAAUAUCCUGUUUCGAAUAGCCGACAGGGCCCCGAGUGACUUUGCAGUCCGGGCAUUGGCAUACGAAGGAGCCAAAGCUCCAAAACCUUCCAAAACAUCCUCGAAGGAUCACACAAACCACGACAUCACGAAUCUCAGAUGUGGCACGUGGGCCUAUACAAAUCACCCAGAAGGUAGAGCUACACAAUUGGCAUUUGUCUCGCACUAUCUGGACCCGCGUAAUGGAACAAUACAUCUUGGCCGAAGAGCCGCGAUCGUCAUUCUUGGCGAUCCGAGCUCAGAUCAAGUGCGCAUGGAUAUCAACUACCGAGACUGUGCCAGCAUUACGGUCGGCUCUUCGAGGGAUCCUUCGGUCUCGUUCGAACUGUACUUCCCACCAAAGCUCUACAAAGUCGGCGCAGCUGCACUGACACUCGAGUCAUCAAUGCAGCGUUUGGGAUUAGAGCCGUCAACACAGUUCAAGAAGUACGAAAAGUACGAAGAGAAAAAGGAGCGGUUGUCAUCCCUGAUUCCAGCACAUGCCCGUACUGUCGGCUCAUGCUUUGUCUAUCGAUUGAAGUUAGCUGAUGCUCGCCGGCUAUCAACUAUUCUCAGCCAGCUCAAACACAAUGCUACUGGCUGUUCGGUACACGCAAUCACUAUACCGAAAUUUAGCCUGAAUGAGCCUUAUCAAGAUUCUGUCGAUGAAUUGAAACAUCAACUUACUGACACCGGACGUUUUGGCAAUUUGCCCUUCGGUCUCUUGUAUCAGGUUGAACGGCUCGCACAGAACGGACUACUCCCUCCUACUACAGUCAGGAAAAUGCUUCUCCCAAUCAAGCAGCUGUACACCCAGCACGGCCUCAACGCGACCAUUUCCGCAAUCAGGCAGUUCUAUCGCGAGAUACCUUUGCCAGGGCCAGAAACCGAAGCACUUCAGGUCAGUGAUUACGUGAAAUUGCUCGGCGAUUUUGCUUCAAGCUAUGAUCCAGAUGCGCCAGAGAGCGUCUACGAGCUGUCCAAAAGGCACACACACAUCAAUCUUGUGCAUCGGAUUGUUGUAACACCGACAAGAAUACGUCUUGAGGGCCCUGAGCCUGAACCCACAAAUCGAGUUCUGCGCCGACACCGCAAAGAUGCUGAUUAUUUUCUGCGGGUUGUAUUUCAAGAGGAGGACGGUGGUACCUUUCGCUACGAUCCGGCGGCCAGCCAGAAAGCCAUCUACGCUCGAUUCAAAGGGGUUCUUAAGGGCUCUAUCAAUGUCGCCGGCCGUGGUUUCUCCUUCCUGGGAUUUUCCCAUUCAUCCCUUCGCAACCAAACGUGCUGGUUCAUGGCUCCAUUUGUCAUCGACGGUCUCUUAUGUCUAGCGCCUCAGAUCGUCAGACAGCUUGGCGAUUUUAGUCAUUUCCGAUGUCCUGCCAAAUGUGCCGCUCGGAUCGGUCAGAAUUUUACUGACACGAAUGCGACUGUUGAUGUCUCUCCGCGCAACGUCGGAGAAUUGGCGGUAGUUCAGCGCAAUGGCCGUGAUUUCAGCGAUGGCGUGGGGACAAUUUCUUAUGAUCUCCUACAGCGUGUCUGGCGUGUGUACGGGUCGAAACGUUUCAUCCGUCCAACAGCGCUUCAAAUUCGCUUUCAAGGAGCGAAGGGCAUGGUAUCGCUCGACACCCGUCUUCACGGGGAGCAGCUUAUGCUUCGAUCAAACAUGAGAAAAUUCCACACAUCUACAACAUGGAACCUUGAAAUUUGCGGAGCAGCGUUCCAACCGCUGCCCAUGAUUUUAAAUAGACAGUUUAUCAAGAUCUUCGAAGAUUUGGGCAUUCCUCUGGCGACCUUCCGUAAGCUUCAAGAUGCUGCGGUCGGACGCUUACGUCGAAUGACAGCCACUGCACCCGAUGCAGCAUCGCUCCUGGACGACGCUCGAAGCACAAGCCGUAUUCCGUCUCUUAUUCGGCUCUUGCACGAGCUGGGCAUCAAUUUUCAUGGCGAUGAUUUCAUCUCGGUGAUCAUUGAGGCGAUCAUCCUCUCUAAGCUUCGCGACAUCAAGUAUCGCGGUCGCAUCCCAGUCGAGAAGGGCUGUACGCUAUACGGCAUCAUGGAUGAGACAGGAAAUCUACAAGAAGGACAAAUAUAUGUCGUCACAGAGCACGCAGACUUGGGCAAGCAAGUCAUCGUAGGGGAAAACGUUGUGGUCACACGUUCGCCUGCUCUACAUCCUGGCGACAUCCAGAUCGCUCGUGCAGUUGAUGUGCCAAGCUCCAGUCCUUUGAGCGCCCUUUCGAAUGUGGUCGUAUUUAGUCAACACGGUAGCCGUGAUCUGCCCAGCAUGCUUAGCGGUGGCGACCUCGACGGAGAUCUUUACAAUAUCAUAUGGGACCCGGACUUGAUACCCACAGUCACGUACCAAGCUGCAGACUAUCCUCGCGUGGCAGCGAUCGAAUUAGAUCGUGAAGUCAGACCUGAUGACAUGAGCAACUUCUUUGUCGAUUUCAUGGAGACCGAUCAGCUCGGCUACAUCAGCAAUUUGCAUCUACAGAUUUCUGAUCAGGAGCCCCUCGGGACUUUGAGUCCCAGUUGCAUUAAGCUCGCUGGUAUGGCAUCGACUGCCGUCGAUUUCUCUAAGACAGGUAUUCCGGUGGAUAUGAAGCAGCUUCCGAGAUUUGACCGAUGUCGCCCAGAUUUCAUGGCACCGAGCCCACGUGUGUUCGUUUCCGAGAGCGGCUUCCUCGACCUCGAAGACGACGACCGCGAGCCCGAUGAUGCCUUUGAAGGUCUUGACGCUGAGCGUCGACCACAGAGAUACUACGAAAGCAACAAAGUGUUAGGCCACCUGUACCGUGAUAUUGACGAGAGAGAAUUCCUCAAUGUCAUGCAUCGUGCGCGCGACAGUGUUCACAACGAGCAGCCUGUCGGCGACCGGGAUCGACGACAGCCUCUACAGAGACUACAUCGCUACCUGCAGCACUGGGCUAUGCAAUACGGCCUGAUCUGGAAACAUCACCUUGCCCUUGCUCGUGACAUCAAGGAGACCUUCGAAGCCAGCGUCGCCGAUAUCGCCUACGACUUCGAGCCUUCUGCGCACAACCCGUUGACGGAGGCCGAAAUUUUCUCCGGCACGAUCCUUGGCCGUCAAGGUGGCGCGCAAGGAAAGACACUCCGGGAAUUAGACAAGAACAUGUGUCUCCGCUUCGAAACCGUCAUGGAGUAUACCGUCAUGCGCAUUAUGAAGGGCGAUCAACAAAUUCGACAAGCAGACGAUCUGGAUGAUCUUUACGAUCAAUACUCCGAGCGUGAGAUUGAGGCACUGCCGCGAGCUUUAGCCUGCCUGCAAGUGGCGAUGGAAGAACCGGGGUACAGGGAUCGCGCGGUGGGCGAACUCAAAGGCUUUCGCUACGUGGCGGCGGAAGUCGCGUUGAGCGAAUUGAGGAGGUACCAAAUCACGACUCUGGGGACAUAUUCUUUGCCUCUGGCUUGA